AAACACGAGUUCUUUGUGGACAUGACCUGUGAAGGCUGCUCCAAUGCGGUCACCCGUGUCCUGCACAGGCUGGGAGGUGUCCAGUUUGAUAUUGACCUGCCCAACAAGAAGGUGUGCAUCGACUCGGAGCACAAUGUUGACACCCUACUGGAAACCCUAAAGAAGACUGGAAAGAACGCUUCCUACCUUGGGGAGAAGACCGUGCAGUAGCCUUGCCUGGUGAACUCAAACAUGACUUCAGCAAAAAGAUGGCUUAACUGUUUGUAUAUCUCCCAACUUGCUCUGUCGUUUGACCUUUACUACCCUGCCAGAUGUCGGAAAGCAGAGGGCUGGCAGAAGACAGCUGCGUCUUGGGCUUUAAAAGUGGAGAAAUCUAGAGGAGGAGGUUAUAUGCUGUUUCUAGUCCCGCAGUAAAUCGAGGUGCUGCUUCUAUCUUUCAGUGC